UGCAGUCUUACAAUAGCUCUGCCAGUUGGAUGCCUAGAAUGUUCUACAACUCAAGAGCAUGAAACAUGGAGCAGUUAAGUAAAGUGCCCAAGGUUACCUAGGUAUGCGUGCAAGAGCUGGGAUUUGAACCCUCAGCCACUUACUGUCAGGGCUUCAUCAUGGAGGAUAUGGAGAGAUUGCAUCUCUCACUCAACCCCAAGCCCCAUGAGCUUUCUAGUACCCUGGCUGCUUUAACCUUUGGAGCCCCUCAGGAGUAGAUCCAGUCUGCCAUUCUCUACCAGUUAUGGUUUCUCCCACAAGGUUCUAAAGUGAGGCAGCUGUGGGGCAGGCCAGCUUAGCUGUGUGCAGCUGAAAAAGGGCCCUCCCCAAUAGUGGUGGUCUGAAAGCCAGGGAGAGCGUUCUGGAAGGUUGGAUACACUCAGAGGCAAGGUCCAAGUGGGCCUGGGCCUGGGUACAGAACCAGCACACAGGGCACAGAACCAGCACACAGGUAUUGUGGUCACUGAAACAAGGCCAGUGUUCAAAACAGCUGGAUGCUGGACUCAGCUGCCCAGAGUUCGUGUUUUCUCUUAAGUACCUUCCCAUUUCAUAGCUGUUUGGAGAAGGUAAUCGGCCAGCUUUCCACUUGGACUCAGGAAUGUCCCCAAGGGUCCCCAGGAAGUUUCCCCAGGUUGCCCCUAGCACAGAGGCUGCCAGCUCCCUCUCACUGGGGCUGGUUGUCAGCAGCCACCAGCAUGGCACAGCUGAAGUUCUCCUUUUCCUGUGGGGAGAGCAGCUGCCCGUCCAGCACUUCCCCACCUUGAGGACCCUUAGAUCAAAAUCAGAGCAUUCGUCGAGACUGUUGGGACAGUAGCACUGCAUAGGAACAUUCAGCCCUAAAAGAAUUUGAAAUUUAUCACAACAGCGUGCGUAUUUGGAGGAGUAUGCUCUGGGUCACUGAGAUUCAUAGUCUUCAGGUGAGUAAGAUCUGUAGAAUUCAGUCUCAUGCCAAGAAGCCCUGACAGAGUGGGUUGGCCAUGUGCACUUCGCUCUAGUCCCCGUCCCUCCCCUCCCCUGCUGGCAGACCAGUGUUCUGAAAUUUUAUGCCCAUUCAUUUGUUUUUACCCUCAGGAACCACUCUUCAUCCCAGCCAGAAGCCCAGCUUAGAACCCUGCCCUCGGGGCCACCAAAGAGUAGAGUCUAGAACAACCUUUCUGUUCUUUGGCACCAUUUCCACUUCUGGAAAUGAGAAGUGACAUUACACCUUGGGAAGGAGAGUUGAGGUUAAAAGCAAAACCUCUGGAGGCAUCAGGCCAUCUCUUCAAACAAGAUCAGCCUCUGGUGGGGAGCAGGGUUCAAUAGAGAGAUGGGAAGAACUUUCCAGAACUGAAGGAGGGCAGAGCCCAAUGUAUACCAUCCCCUAGUACCUUGUUUCUGCUUAGGUACCAGUCCUCUUCUCCCUCCUAACCGGCCUGGCUUCCAGGUCCCUCCCAGCUAAAGCCCUGGCCCAAGUAUGUCACAGCCACCCUAGGAGUCACAGCCACCCCAGGGUGUCAACCGCGGGCCUGCUAGGCCUCUUACUGAUCUGCAUGCUACUAUUAGCCCUCCAGUUACUCUUGAGGAUGAACUUAGCCCAAACCCCGGCCCCUUGAGGCCUUUUUUUCCCCCCAUCUAGUCCAGUCAAGCCUCAAGAGAACAGUCUCCAGUGCCCAAAUAGGCUGUGUUCUUUUCUGCUGCUAAACCAGUGGUUCUCAACCUUCCUAAUGCUGCGACCCUUUAACACAGUUCCUCAAGUUGUGGUGAACCCCCCCAGCCAUAAAGUUAUUUUCAUUGCUACUUCAUAACUAAUUUUGUAACUGUUAUGAAUCAUAAUGUAAAUAUCUGUGUUUUCCAAUGGUCUUAGGCGACCCGUGAAAGGGUCGUGACCCACACGUUGAGAACUGCUGUGCUAAUGUCAUGGUUUCUGAGCCUGGCCACUUCCUCCACUUUCCCUCCUCGCUGCCGCCGCCGCCGUUAACUGCCUUCUUCUUAAAGAGGGAGGGCUCCUGAGACCCCAAAUCCUGAGACUCCUGGAUUGGGCUAGGAACAGUCCGGAAAACGCCAGGGUAUUUGAGGGACCCAGUCAAAUGCUGGCUCUGACUCGGCUGCCCAUCUGGUGCUCAGCUCUUCUAAAGAGGGCAGAAUGAGGUUUAGGUGGGUGGCCUUGGGGGGAGAAGGGCAACCACAACGGACGCGAACUUCCUGCGACCUCAUUCUGAGGGAAGAAAGGUCUGAAAGAGGGGAGCCAAGCUAGGGUUCUCCCUGGGGCGAGCCUAGGCAGACCAACAAGAGGGCGUAAAGCAAUCGCUAGAGCUUCCUGUGUGCUCCUGGCAUUUCCCUAGACCCUGGCUCGGGAAGGGUCUUGCUUUGAAGUUUCCGGCAAGACCAGCCCACUGCUGUCCAAAUGGCUUAUUUGUCUAGUGGCACAGGGAAGGGGACUGGCGGUGGGGGUGGCAGCGCCUCGCUUGGCGCCGCUGCUGCCUGAGGGUCCGUGCUUUGGGAGCUCCAGCUUCUGCGAACUAGAGGAUGUUGAGACCAGGCCGAGAACCCCAGGGGGACUCGGUAGUCGGGCCGGCUGUUUCAGGCUGGCGGGGAGCUGGAGCCGCCUCGCACCGCCACUCCGCGCAGGGUGGGAGGGAGCGAGGGAGGCGAGGGGACGAGCGCCGGCUCCCCGCCCCCAUCCCACCCGGUUCCGAUAUUUAGCUGAAAGGCACGCGGCUCCUAAUCGGCCCUUUCCAGGCUGAGAUGUAGCGGCGCUCUGCCCGCGCAAGGGCGGGGGCCGGGCCGGGGGAGGCGCGGAGUCCGGAGCCUGCGAGCGAGAUAACCGGCCCGAGUCAUGCAGUCUUUUCGAGAAAGGUGUGGUUUCCAUGGCAAACAGCAAAACUACCCACCAACCUCACAGGAGACAUCGCGCCUGGAGAACUACAGGCAGCCAGGUCAGGCUGGGCUCAGCUGUGAUCGGCAGCGGCUGCUGGCCAAGGACUAUUACAACCCACAGCCCUAUCCAGGCUACGAGGGUGGUGCCGGCCCACCUGGGACAGUGGCCACGACAGCUGCAGACAAGUACCACCGAGGCAGCAAGUCCCUGCAGGGGAGGCCGGCUUUCCCCGGCUAUGUUCAAGACAGCAGCCCCUACCCAGGGCGCUACUCUGGCGAGGAGGGUCUUCAGACCUGGGGGGGCCCACAGCCACCACCUCCCCAACCGCAGCCCCUGCCAGGGGCAGUGAGCAAGUAUGAGGAGAACUUGAUGAAGAAGACGGUGGUGCCCCCAAACAGGCAGUACCCUGAGCAGGGUCCCCAACUUCCCUUCCGGACUCACAGCCUGCAUGCCCCCCCACCACAGCCUCAGCAGCCCCUGGCUUACCCCAAACUCCAAAGGCAGAAACCACAGAAUGACCUUGCCUCCCCUCUGCCCUUCCCCCAGAGCACCCACUUCCCCCAGCAUUCUCAGUCCUUCCCUGCCGCCUCCACCUACGCCCCAGCAGUGCAGGGCGGUGGGCAGGGGGCCCACUCCUACAAGAGCUGCACAGCACCAUCUGCCCAGCCUCACGACAGGCCGAUGAGUGCCAAUGCGAGCCUGGCCCCAGGACAGCGGGUCCAGAGUCUUCACGCUUACCAAUCGGGCCGCCUUGGCUAUGAGCAGCAGCAGCAGCAGGCACUUCAAGGCCGGCACCACACCCAGGAAACUCUCCACUACCAGAACCUCGCCAAGUACCAACACUAUGGACAGCAAGGCCAGGGCUACUGUCCACCGGACACAGCUGUCAGGACUCCAGAACAGUAUUACCAGACCUUCAGCCCUAGCUCCAGCCACUCCCCUGCACGUUCUGUGGGUCGCUCUCCUUCCUAUAGCUCCACCCCGUCACCACUGAUGCCCAACCUGGAGAACUUCCCCUAUAGCCAGCAGCCGCUUAGUACGGGGGCCUUCCCCACAGGCAUCACAGACCACAGCCACUUUAUGCCCCUGCUCAAUCCCUCACCGACGGAUGCCGCCAGUUCUGUGGACCCCCAGGUCAGCAACUGCAAGCCCCUGCAAAAGGAGAAGCUCCCCGAAACCUUGCUGUCGGACCUCAGCCUGCAGAGCCUCACAGCACUCACCUCACAGGUGGAAAACAUCUCCAAUACUGUGCAGCAACUCUUGCUGUCCAAAGCUGCCAUGCCCCAGAAGAAAGGGGUCAAGAGCCUCGUGUCUAGGACUCCGGAGCAGCACAAGAACCAGCACUGUAGCCCCGAGGGCAGUGGUUACUCAGCUGAGCCGGCAGGCACACCACUGUCUGAGCCGCCGAGCAGCACACCACAGUCCACUCAUGCUGAGCCACAGGACACUGACUACCUGAGCGGCUCUGAGGACCCACUAGAGCGCAGCUUCCUCUACUGCAGCCAGGCCCGCGGCAGUCCUGCCAGGGUCAACAACAACUCCAAGGCCAAGCCCGAGUCUGUGUCCACCUGUUCUGUGACCUCACCUGACGACAUGUCCACCAAGUCUGACGACUCUUUCCAGAGCCUGCACAGUACUCUGCCACUGGACAGCUUCUCUAAAUUUGUGGCAGGCGAGCGAGACUGCCCCCGGCUGCUGCUCAGUGCCCUGGCACAGGAAGAUCUGGCCUCUGAGAUCCUGGGGCUUCAGGAAGCCAUCGUUGAGAAGGCCGACAAGGCCUGGGCUGAGGCUUCCAGCCUGCCCAAGGACAAUGGCAAGUCACCUUUCCCACUGGGGAACCACAGCACUUGCCUAGACACUGUGGCCAAGACUUCAUGGUCACAGCCAGGGGAACCAGAAACCCUACCCGAGCCUUUGCAGCUGGACAAGGGUGGCAGCACCAAGGACUUCAGCCCAGGGCUGUUUGAAGACCCUUCUGUGGCCUUUGCCACCACUGACCCGAAGAAGACGACCAGUCCCCUGUCCUUUGUCACCAAGCCUCUGCUUGGAGCUGCCACUCCAGACCCCACCACAGCAGCAUUUGACUGCUUUCCAGACACGACCACUGCCAGCUCUGUGGACAGUGCCAACCCCUUUGCCUGGCCAGAGGAGAAUCUGGGUGAUGCUUGUCCUCGCUGGGGCCUCCACCCUGGUGAGCUCACCAAGGGCUUGGAGCAGGGUGCAAAGGCCUCAGACAAUGUCGGCAAAGCAGAUGUACACGAGACCCCUGCCUGCUUGGGCUUCCAGGAAGAGCAUGCCAUCGGGAAGCCGGCAGCUGUGCUGUCUGGGGACUUCAAGCAGCAGGAGGCAGAUGGGGUGAAGGAGGAAGUGGGUGGGUUGCUGCAGUGCCCUGAGGUGGGCAAAGCUGACCAGUGGCUGGAGGACAGCCGGCAUUGCUGUUCCUCCACUGACUUUGGGGACCUGCCGCUGUUGCCACCGCCUGGCAGGAAGGAGGACCUGGAGGCCGAAGAGGAGUACUCUUCCCUGUGUGAACUGCUGGGUAGCCCUGAGCAGAGGCCCAGCCUGCAGGACCCACUGUCCCCCAAGGCCCCGCUGAUUUGCACCAAGGAGGAAGCAGAGGAGGUGCUGGACACCAAGGCUGGCUGGGCCCCCCAAUGUCACCUCUCUGGGGAGCCUGCUAUCCUACUGGGCCCCUCUGUGGGUGCUGAAUCAAAGGUCCAGAGCUGGUUUGAGUCUUCACUGUCACAUAUGAAGCCAGGAGAAGAUGGGCCAGAGAUGGAGAGAGCCCCAGGUAGUUCCGCCACUUCAGAAGGCUCCCUGGCCCCGAAGCCUAACAAGCCUGCUGUACCUGAGGUGCCCAUUGCUAAGAAAGAGCCUGUGCCGAGGGGUAAAAGUUUACGGAGCCGGCGGGUCCACCGGGGGCUGCCUGAGGCUGAAGACUCUCCGUGCAGGGUACCAGCACUUCCCAAAGACCUCUUGCUCCCAGAGUCCUGCACGGGACCCCCCCAGGGACAGGCAGAAGGGGCUGGAGCCCCAGGCCGGGGGCUGUCAGAAGGGCUCCCCAGAAUGUGUACUCGCUCCCUUACAGCUCUGAGUGAGCCCCAAACUCCUGGGCCUCCAGGCCUGACCACCACCCCCACACCUCCCGACAAACUGGGUGGCAAACAGCGCGCCGCCUUCAAGUCCGGCAAGCGGGUCGGCAAACCAUCGCCCAAGGCCGCCUCCAGCCCCAGCAACCCUGCGGCCCUGCCUGUUGCCUCGGACAGCAGCCCCAUGGGCUCCAAGACCAAGGAGCCAGACUCUCCCAGCAUCCCUGGAAAGGACCAGCGUUCCAUGGUCCUCCGGUCUCGCACCAAACCCCAGCAGGUCUUCCAUGCCAAACGACGGCGGCCCUCGGAGAGCCGGAUCCCGGACUGCCGUGCCACCAAGAAGCUCCCUGCCAACAACCACUUACCCACCGCAUUCAAGGUCUCCAGUGGGCCCCAGAAGGAAGGCCGGGUGAGCCAGCGGGUCAAAGUCCCCAAGCCUGGGACAGGGAGCAAGCUUUCAGAUCGGCCUCUCCACACUCUCAAAAGGAAGUCGGCGUUCAUGGCUCCCGUCCCCACCAAAAAGCGAAGCCUCAUCCUGCGCAGCAGCAACGGAAGUGGACUGGAUGGGAGAGAGGAAAGGGCUGAGAGCUCUCCUGGCCUCCUGAGGAGGAUGGCCUCACCCCAGAGGGCCAGGCCCAGGGGCAGCGGGGAGCCACCCCCACCCCCACCCCUGGAACCACCUGCUGCAUGCAUGGGGUUGGCUACACCAUCAUCCCUGCCCAGUGCUGUGAGGACCAAGGUGCUGCCACCCCGGAAGGGCCGUGGCCUCAAGCUGGAGGCCAUCGUACAGAAGAUCACCUCACCUGGGCUCAAGAAACUCGCCUGCAGAGUGGCAGGGGCUCCUCCUGGGACACCCCGGAGCCCAGCCCUACCCGAGAAACGUUCCGGGGGCAGUCCAGCUGGGGCAGAAGAGGGCCUAGGAGGAAUGGGCCCUGGGCAGAUGCUACCGGCAGCUCCAGGAGCUGACCCGUUGUGCAGAAAUGCUGCCAGCAGGUCCCUAAAAGGUAAACUCCUGAGUAGUAAGAAACUGUCCUCUGCUGCUGACUGUCCCAAAGCUGAGGCCUUCGUGUCCCCGGAGACCCUGCCAUCCCUAGGGGCUGCCCGAGCUCCGAAGAAAAGGAGCCGGAAAGGCAGGACCGGGGCCUUGGGACCCUCUAAAGGCCUGUUGGAGAAGCGGCCCUGUUCUGGCCAAACUCUGAUCCUUGCUACCCAUGACAGGGCCAGCAGCACUCAGGGUGGAGGUGAGGACAGCUCCAGUGGAGGAGGCAAGAAGCCAAAGACAGAGGAGCUGGGCCUGGCCUCCCAGCCCCCUGAAGGCCGGCCCUGCCAGCCCCAGACAAGGGCACAGAAGCAGCCAGGCCAAGCCAGCUAUAGCAGCUAUUCAAAGCGGAAGCGCCUCAGUCGUGGCCGGGCUAAGACCACCCAUGCUUCGCCCUGUAAGGGACGUGCCACUCGGAGACGGCAGCAGCAGGUACUGCCCCUGGAUCCUGCAGAGCCUGAGAUCCGACUCAAAUACAUUUCCUCUUGCAAGCGGCUGAGGGCAGACAGCCGCACCCCAGCCUUCUCGCCCUUUGUGCGGGUGGAGAAGCGAGAUGCGUACACCACCAUAUGCACAGUCGUCAACUCCCCGGGGGACGAGCCCAAGCCUCACUGGAAGCCGGCCUCCUCUGCUGCCUCCUCCUCCUCCGCCUCCUCCUCCUCCUCCUCAGAACCAGCUGGGACCUCUCUAACCACAUUCCCUGGAGGCUCUGCGCUGCAGCCGAGGCCCUCCCUGCCCCUCUCCUCCACCAUGCAUCUGGGGCCUGUGGUGUCCAAGGCCCUGAGUACCUCUUGCCUUGUCUGCUGCCUCUGCCAAAACCCGGCCAACUUCAAGGACCUCGGGGACCUCUGUGGCCCCUACUACCCUGAACACUGCCUCCCCAAAAAGAAACCAAAACUCAAGGAGAAGGUGCGGCUGGAAGGCACCUUUGAGGAGGCCUCUCUGCCUCUCGAGAGAACAGUCAAAGGCCUGGAAUGUGCGGCCAGCACCACUGCUGCCACGACCGCCGCCGCCGCCGCCGCCGCCACCACCACCACCACCACCACCAUCACCGCCGCCACGCCCCUGGGGAGGCUCUCCAGGCCUGAUGGCCCAGCUGACCCUGCCAAGCAGGGCUCCCUGCGCACCAGUGCCCGGGGCCUGUCCAGACGUCUGCAGAGUUGCUAUUGCUGUGACGGUCAGGGGGACGGGGGUGAGGAGGUGGUCCCAGCUGACAAGAGCCGCAAACAUGAGUGCAGCAAAGAGGCCCCUGCAGAACCUGGUGGGGACACCCAGGAACACUGGGUACAUGAGGCCUGUGCUGUGUGGACCAGCGGGGUGUACCUGGUGGCCGGGAAGCUCUUUGGGCUGCAGGAGGCCGUGAAGGUAGCUGUGGACAUGCCAUGUUCCAGCUGUCAUGAAGCCGGGGCAACCAUCUCGUGCUCCUAUAAAGGAUGUAUCCACACCUACCACUACCCUUGUGCCAAUGACACAGGUUGCACAUUCAUUGAGGAGAAUUUUACUUUGAAGUGCCCCAAACAUAAGAGGCAGCCGUUGUAAUUCCCACGUGGCCGAGCCUCCGAGGAAGAGGAGCUGCGCCCACAGCCGGUCCUUGAUCCCAUCCCGGGUCUUGGUUCCGGCUGCUUCGGGCGCUGGCGUGACGCCCGGGUUGCGAAGAAAACCUGUUCCAGGCCAGACUUGGCGAGGGCAGGCCACCGGGCGGCUAGACCUGGGGCACGCGGCUUCGGGCGGGGUACAAGUCCCCUGCAAGUUCUGAAACGACGUGGCAUGCAAGCUGUGCCCCCUGGGAAGAGGCCGAGGGCGCUGCUGGCUCGGUGGACGACGUGGGGCAGGACCCAAGCCUUUCUGGAGAGGCCCGGCUAAUGGGGGAAUACUGCCCUGGCCCCCGAGGCUUUGCCCAGGGUCGUGGCCGGCCUGGACUCAGGCCAUGCGGUUCCUGAUGUGGGCUGGCCUGGGGCGGUGCCCUGUGGCUUCUGUUUGCCCCCUUUCCAGUCUUCCACCCCACAGUUGGAGCCCAGUCUGGAAGCUUGAGGAAACGGCCUGGCUACCCUCUAGGCAGCCGUCCCAAUGCACCACCGUGGGUUCCAGGGACUGCCGCUCACUCGGCUCGUGGGCGGGGACAGCGCUAGACUUCGUGUACAAACCUGUGUACCCCUCUAUAUAUAUGUUACAUAGAAUGUAUAUAUGUUGGGAACAUGCUCGCUUCUGUGUGUCGCUGCUGUGCGUCGUGUGCUCCACAGCACAGAGCCCUAAGCUGGCCUUGGCCGGGGUAGGGGCUAGUGAUGCCCCUUCCUCAUGCAACCACCAUCACCGCCGCUGCCACCACCACGGCCAGUCCCCACCUGUCCGUUUGUGUUCUCAGCUCUGUCCACGCUUCAAUAGGCCUGAUGCAGCCCCCUUUCCCUGCAACUUCCUGUACAUAUGACUGUAAAAUGGUAAACGUGUGUAUUAUAUCUGGCCUCGUUAUAUAGUGUAUAUAUAUGUAUACAUAUACAUAUAUAUAAUAUAUAUGAAGACUGUAAAUGUUAAGACAACUAGUGUUCUUAUUAGUAUAUUGCUUCACACUGAAGAUUGUGUGUAUCGAGCUGUUUCUAAAAGAUGUUUAUUUUCCUUAAGAGUUAAAAAAAAAAAAACAGUCAUUGCAUUCAGAAAAAAAAAAAGUCAAUAAAGAUACCACGAUUGUUUUGGAA